UAUAGCGUCUGGAAGAAAUUAGACGCAGAAAUGGACAGUUCACUACAGUUCACUACUGUCCAUAUUACUGGGGAAAUUUGAAUGAAUUACAUCUUCACCAUCAACAUUGAUUACUGUUUGAUACUUUUUCUUCUUCUUCUUUUAUUGACAUCGUCAAAAUUACCUGCCAAGAAAGAUGACCUCAAUACAUCAAACUGAUGCCAACUACUUACAAUCAAUUUAUAGAAGGAGGCGAGAAACUUGAAUGUCUUCAUUAUUUUUAUGGGAAACGUGGAUAUUACACACCUUUCCAAUUCAUUGUUUGAUGCCCAUGAGGGUCUCCUCUGGUUUUUCCACAAAUAAUUUAAUGAAAAAGUUUGUACUGCGUGUGGUUUUGUGCACAGAGCCUCGUUGGACAGUAUCCCUGUAACACUAACGGGACAUCUUAACAUCUGCUCCAAGAUGAGAUGUGAUAAAAUGAUCACCUACCUAAGGAUUGUUGGCACAGUACUGUUUGGCAUUUCACUGCUUGUGGGAAUCUCUGCUGCCUACAUCAUGGGCUACAAGCUCAUAACGACUGCGGGCAACUACUUGUCCUUUGGUCUUUAUGGGGCAAUUCUAGUCAUACACCUCAUCAUCCAAAGCUUAUUUGCCCUGUUGGAACAUAGAAACAUGAAACGCUCCCUGGAAACCCCUAUCAAACUCAACAAAUCACUGGCCCUAUGUAUCGCUGCCUAUCAAGAGGAUCCCAGUUACCUGAGAAAGUGUUUAAUAUCUGUGAAGAGGCUCACCUACCCAGGGAUAAAGGUCAUCAUGGUUAUCGAUGGCAAUAAUGACGAAGACAACUACAUGAUGGAGAUCUUUCGGGACAUCAUGGGCCGGGAUAAGGCAGCCACAUUUGUAUGGAAAAGCAACUACCACCAUCGAGGGCCAGAGGAAAAUGUGGAAUCAUACGCUGAGAGUCUGCAGCACAUUUCUCGCCUGGUUCUCAACAAUAAGUGUGUGUGCAUUAUGCAGAAGUGGGGCGGGAAGAGGGAGGUCAUGUACACUUCCUUCAAAGCACUCGGAAGAUCUGUUGACUAUGUACAGGUAUGUGAUUCAGACACCAUGUUAGAUCCAGCCUCCUCUGUGGAAAUGGUUAAGGUUCUGGAGGAAGAUCCCAUGGUCGGAGGAGUAGGUGGAGAUGUACAGAUUCUGAACAAAUAUGAAUCGUGGGUCUCCUUCCUCAGCAGUGUGAGGUAUUGGAUGGCAUUCAACAUUGAAAGAGCUUGCCAGUCAUAUUUUGGAUGUGUACAGUGUAUCAGCGGGCCCUUGGGUAUGUACAGGAACUCCCUUCUUCAUGAGUUCUUGGAGGACUGGUACAAUCAGACAUUCAUGGGAAGCCACUGUAGUUUCGGUGAUGACCGGCACCUGACCAAUCGAGUUCUGAGCCUGGGAUAUGCCACAAAAUACACCGCUCGCUCAAAGUGCUUGACCGAGACACCCAUCACUUACCUACGCUGGCUCAACCAGCAGACUCGCUGGAGUAAAUCAUAUUUUAGGGAGUGGCUUUACAACUCAAUGUGGUUUCACAAGCACCACUUGUGGAUGACCUAUGAAGCCGUCAUCACAGGCUUCUUCCCCUUUUUUCUCAUUGCCACUGCAAUCCAGCUCUUUUACAAGGGAAGGAUCUGGAAUAUUCUUCUGUUCCUGCUAAUUGUCCAGGUGGUGGCACUCAUCAAGUCCUCCUUUGCCAGUUGCCUCCGUGGAAACAUUGUCAUGGUUUUCAUGUCCUUUUACUCAGUAUUGUACAUGUCAAGUCUGCUACCAGCAAAAAUGUUUGCAAUAGCCACAAUCAACAAAUCGGGUUGGGGAACGUCUGGACGGAAAACUGUUGUGGUGAAUUUUAUUGGGCUUGUUCCAAUCUCAGUUUGGUUCACAAUCCUUUUUGUUGGCAUUAUUUAUACAAUAAUCCAAGAAACACGAAAACCCUUCCCAGAGUCUGAAAAAAUUGUUUUAAUAAUUGGAGCAAUUGCGUAUGCCAGCUAUUGGGUUGUGUUUUUGACUUUGUAUGUUGUUCUUAUAAUGAAGUGUGGCAAGAGGAAGAAAGGGCAACAGUAUGACAUGGUUCUAGAUGUAUAGUAUUUACCCAGUUGCCUCUCCCCCUUUUCUACGUUUACAUUUUAAACAAGCUCAGACUGCUUUCAAACAUGCGGGCACUCCACAGGUGACAGAAAGUGACACCUUAAGGAGACAUCUUUGCUGCUUUGACUGGUACAAAGAUAUUCAUUUGAAGUGUUAACGGAACAUUAGAAUAAUGUUCAAACUGUUGAUGUGAGCUUUGACACCCUUGAAGUUUUAGUAUUCUACCACCAAAUGACAACUUCUUUGCACUUUCACAUUCACUCUCAAAAUACACAAUGCUUGAUAGAACUCUUAGGAACAAAAUACCUCAGUGGUUUUGUGCUAACCAAUUUGUGCUAAGUGUAUUGUGUGUGUGAUUGGAAUAGAGUAAAUUUAUAAAAAAAAAAAUCAAAAAAUAAUAAUUCUUGGUUAAUUUAUCAUUUUUACUUUAGUUUGUUUUAUAUAUAUGUAAAUAAAUAUAUUCUGUAUUUGCAUUUUAGAUUCAAAUCUAAAAGUGAACUGAGUAGUUUGAUUGAGCUUUACUUCUUAUUUGCAUAAUGUAUUUGUAUUGCCUUUUAUAUAGACUUGUUUAUUUUUUGUUUAGCCGCUAAAGAUUCUCUAUUUUUCACUAAUUGUUAAUUAUGAGCAAAUGAAAAUUUAACUGUUAGGACAAUGAGUUUUGUAUCUGACCAAAAUGUGAAAUUAAGAAGCUGGAUCUGUCUCUAUGAUGACAACAGUAAAAGGCAAAUCUUUGGAUAAGUUAUUCAUUAAGAAGAAGGGCAAUGAACCUGUGUUAUUAUAAUAAGUGUUGAUGGAGAGAAGACCUGUUUAUUUAUACACUAUGGUUUAUAGCUUUCUGGUUUGUGGCUAAAUGUUUUGUAUUAUGAAAUUAUCAUUUUCUGUUUCGUUUCAAUGUUUUAAAUUGUCCUGUAAAGUUACUGACAGUCCCACACAAUCUAUGCAUGUGUAAUAGGAAUAUAAUAAAUCAGAGGUCAGAUUGCUACACAAAUUCUGUACAGAGAGAGUCCAGAGCAUUUGCUCUAAACCGAGGCACAAAUUGCCUUUUGUAAUUGUUAUUUGUUCAUGCAACCUUCUAUCAUCCAUCAAUGUCCGGUGCAUUUUUGCAAAUCAUCCUUAAUUUUACUAUUCCCAAGUGAUGCCCUGGUUUCAUUUCCCAGUGAAGUCAGUUUCAAUUCCUAGCAACUUAAAGGGAUAGAUCAUCCAAAAAAUUGAAAUUUGUUGUUCUAAACCUGUAUGUUUUUUCUUUCUUCCAUGGAACACAAAAGGAGACAGUAGGCAAAAUAAUAAACUCAAUUACCAUUCACUUUCUUUGUAUCUUGUUUCACUGCAAUAAAAGUAAAUGGUGACUGAGGCAUUUUUGGGUGAACAAUCCUUUUAAUGUUUGCCAAAUGUACUGUAUACGAAUAUUAUGAUUUUAAUCAUAAACAAAAGAUGAUGAGUAAUGUUACUUUGUGUUAAAAUAAACUAUGGAUUAUAAUUGAUGAGGGCGUUUAAUUAAAAGGAAUAUGGAUUGGGGGAACAAGCCACGUGAUAAGAUGCGUGGAUUGAAUGUCUCAGACGCCGAGGCAACUGUCACUACGAGUCACUACGCCACCAUGAGGACUUAGAGCUCAUUGGGAAUUGGGCAUACCAAACUGGGGAGAAAAGGGGAGAAAAAAGUUUGGUUACUGAAAUUACAGCAAAUUUAACCUGCAGUAUUGUCAUAAAGCACUUUUUUCUUUGUGCCAAAUAAAAGAAAAUGAUACUUCAUCAUUU